CGAAACUGUACGACCAUGGCCGCCAUCUGUCCCACCAAUAUUCAAGAAUUCUUGACCUUCCUUCCUAACCCACCUCGGAUAACUCAAGAUCCGUCGACAUCGACAAUAACCUAUACUGCGCAUAACAUCUUGACCCCUUCUGAGGGUCAACCAAUCCUCAGCCGAUUAGAUCCGACUCUCAUUCCUAUACUGACAGAGUUUAUCACCUCAGUGGUUGCUGACCUCCAUAUUGGCCAGUCGAUGCACCAAGCCCUUCAGCUUAUGCGAAUAUCAGAACUCCAAGACGAAAACAACGUGAACCUCUACGGCGAAUUUACUAUUACAACGAUAGAACCUGUCGUUCACGCUAUUGUUGAUGCUGCCCAUCUCGAAGACCUAUUUACUCUGUUCCGCCUACCCGGCAGGAAACCCCAAUUUUCAUGGAAGGGCGACUUUACUAUCACACCUGUCCGAGAAAACGAGAAGGAAGGCACUGUGGAGCGUAUCUGAGUCUGCUCUGACGAAGAUAAGACGUUCUCGGUAUUUACUUUCUAAGGCAGAGCAGCUCAAGUCGAUUCGUCUUGACCCCACUAGAAAACGAGAAGGCGCCGCCACCAUGGCCAUCAAGCUUGCGUUGCCGAUGAUUACUUCUCGCGUAUAGUACGGAUUUUUUUUUGCCGGGUACAUUGCAAUUGCCGCCCAACUAAGUAAGACUUUCAUCAUCGCUGGGCUCGACAAGCAUUUCAUCGAUCUCUUCUAGUCCGGUCUAAGACACCCCUUUGUAUCCUAAUCCAAACAAAGUGCUCACACAGUUCGAC